AUGUACAAUCAGCGUCAUCACUACCGUCAUCCUACUACCUAUUCUUCCGACUCUUCCAUAGCUGAUGAUUCUCGUGGACCCCUGAAUACUUCUACUUCUGUUUCUCUAUACGGUACAGAUUCCAAGCCUCCUUCCCCCACUUUCAGAAUAUCAGAUAAGCUUCAGUGCUUUAGAUUGGUGGUUAUUCAAGAUGGUGGACUUCGAAAUAAGCAAACCCUUUAUGAUUCCGCCCUAGGACUUUCAGGUGCUUCACCGAAUUGUCCUGGUUCUAAUCUGUAUCAAAAACUCAACAAGUCCAUAUACCACUCCAUGAAUGAGCUUGCCGCAUACAUGUUUGGUUACUAUGGCAUCCUAAUGAGUGAAUCUCAUUGUAUAACAAAAAUCCACUAUUUGCCAACCCUUCCCUGGAUGCCAUCUUCAGUUCUUAUCACUAGAUUAUUCUCUUUGGAUCCUACCUUUGAGUCCAUCAAGCGAUCCACACCUUCUGUCUCUACAUCGACUAAUAACAGCAAGGCUGAUGAUUGGAAGCCUUCACCUUCCGUCAAAUUUCCUGGUUCUCCUGCUCAUGAGAAUAUGUCCACCAGAUUUAGCAUAGGCAUAGUCAUUCCGGUAGGCUCUUCCAUCGUCAGUAUGGAAGAAGAAGUCAUGGAUAACUGGUCGGAAAUAUCCAAUCAACUUGUUUCCAUACAGCAAAUUGUCACUGAGAAGUUGAAGAAAGCUUCUUUUCCUCAAACCAGUCGUCGUAGUAUGAACAUUAAUGCCCAUUCGGUUCAUGGUUCGCACUCGUUCACUCAGAUCGGCUCAAUAACUAACACAUUAUUAUCCAGGAAGCUAAAUUUUGCUUCCUAUUUCCUCCAGACUGAUCAGGAUUUAAGCCAACAGUUUCAAGGUCUCGUCAGAUCCAUUUGUUCUCUUGUUGAAACUCCCCGCUUGUUUGUUGCUUUGAAAGAGUCCAAUCAGGCUCUCAUUGAUUGGGCUUCUGCUGUGGCCUCCUGGCUUGAGUUGAAGGAUGGACGUUUUUUCACUGCCGAUCCGACCUCUCCGUCCUCUGACAAACUGUCUUCUAAGCCGAGCUUGAAGUUCUUGGCCAGGUUGUUUUGCAUUUUCAUGGGUGUUCGAAGGCAGAUACUUGAGAACCCACUGAACCGUUCUAGGAAGAAGGCUGUCCGUGUUGUUAUUGUUACCGGCAAUCCGAUAGUUUCGCAGAAAUUGGUGUUUAUUCUUGCCGGCUUGCUCGGCUACGAUAAGUACGUUGUGACUACCAACAUGGAAGUGCGUAGGGGAUAUGAAGAUUCUGUUACCACCAGAUCUUCUGCGAAGAGUGAUGUUCAAUCAACUGCUGUGAAUACAUUAAACUCCUCCGAUAAUCCCAUGAGCUUCACUUCUACCCAGGUUAUACCGAUAUCUAUUAAAAGGGAAAUGUCUUCGCAUAUCUCUUCUUCUGAUAGCAGUAUAUCGCCUGCUUCGCCUUCAAGCAAAUCCAACGUAUCGUCUACUACUAAAGGUUGGAAAGUACCUGCAAAAGUUGCGCCUCUUACGUCUAGCUCUCCAACGGUGCAGAGCUUGAGUAACGUUAAGGCUGAAAGAAUAUCCAUUCCACAACCCCGUCGUGAAUCAUCAUAUAUGUCUCUUCAGAACCUUUCCACUUCUUACGGUGGCUCGCAUCCUUCUACCUUGACGUCCUCUUCUUCUUGGAGAGGUGCUUUACAUUUUGGUUCUUUUCUGGAGCGUUGGAAAGUCGGUACAUUUGCUCCUCAACAUAGUUUUGCAAAUUCUGCUGUCGAUCUUACUCCCUCUCCACCGACAGAGUAUGAUGAAUAUCCUUGGAAUGGGAAUGCAUCAGGAAAUUCCGCCUAUCAGACUGCAUUACAAGAGGCCUCGUCCUCGAGUCCCUGUUCUGGUGCUACAACCCCUACAAUUGCUGAAAUAAAGGACUUUGGUGCAAGUGCAAUCCCGGGAAAUGGAUCCACGCGCAUUAAUUCAGCGUUCAACAAGAUCUACCACAAUUAUGUCGCCAAACAGAAAUUUGAAAUUGAACGAACGACGACCAGAUUACUGCCAAAGGAUAAUGAAGAAUCACUAGCUAUCUCCGACAAACUUACCGGUAUCAUGAAUUGCAACUUAUCCUUUUCUUACUCUAAGCACGAAAAUAUUAGUGUCCUUUCGGUUGACAAUGUGAAUCUCGGUGUAGAUACCACAAUUAUAGAACCGCCUGUCACUAAUAAGCUUCCUCCUCUUGUUGGUUACACAGAAAGAUACGUUCCCGAAUUUUCAUUAAUGUCGUGCACCCAAACGUCAGGUUUAGAAACAUCGAUUUUUGAAUCGAUGGCUGAUGAUGUUUGUAGAAUGGGGACCACUUCUGUCUCUGAUACCUAUGUUAUCAGUUUGAGACAGAGAGAAGUGAGACUCAUUGAAGCCAAGUAUCCCGUCUCAGACCACGAGUCUUUUUCCUCGUCUCCCAUGUCAACAAGUUUCCAACGAAACAUGGAGAAAUCCAAAUUGACGCACGACCUUCAGAGGUCUAAUUUGCGUCCCAAGGUGACUCUCCUCUUUUCUCCAUUUCUGCAAGAAAAGUUUAUGCAGGAUUUGGUAGAGGAUGUUGACGUUGGGGAGGUAUCGUCGAUCGAUAAAUUUGAUGCGACGCUAAAUGAGAUUUCGCAAUUAAUCAACCGCUUCUUUUGUUCUCAAUCGAAGGAUGGGAGCCAACAUGAUAAUGGCACUUUCCAAAAUAGAGAUUCAAGUUCAUCGGGUACAUUCGGUAACUCUGAUGGUGCUCGAAUCGACGGCGAUGACCUUGAUGAGCAGACCUGCUGCGAUAAACUAAGAGGACUAAUUGAAACUCUACUGGAUUGA